CCCGCGGCCCCUGCGCAGCGGCGGCGGGGAAGAUGGCGGCGGCCGCCCCCGAGCAGCAAAGUUCUAAUGGUCCAGUGAAGAAGUCUAUGCGAGAGAAGGCAGUGGAACGCAGGAAUGUUAACAAGGAGCACAACAGUAACUUCAAAGCAGGAUACAUUCCAAUUGAUGAAGACCGUCUCCAUAAGACAGGGUUACGAGGCAGGAAAGGCAACUUGGCCAUAUGUGUGAUUGUUGUUCUUUUCAUUUUGGCCGUCAUCAAUCUGAUUAUUACCCUGGUUAUCUGGGCAGUGAUAAGAAUUGGUCCCAAUGGUUGUGACAGUAUGGAAUUCCAUGAGAGUGGCUUGUUGCGGUUUAAGCAGGUGUCUGACAUGGGUGUUAUACAUCCCUUAUAUAAAAGCACUGUAGGAGGGAGACGGAAUGAAGACUUGGUGAUCACUGGGAAUAAUCAGCCAAUUGUAUUUCAGCAAGGAACAACCAAGCUUAGUGUGGAAAAAGACAAAACUUCUAUUACCAGCGAUAUUGGCAUGGAAUUUGUUGACCCACGAACACAAAAUACUUUGUUCAGCACUGACUAUGAAACUCAUGAGUUUCAUCUGCCAAAUGGAGUUAAAAUCUUGAAUGUACAAAAGGCAUCUACAGAGAGGAUUACCAGCAAUGCAACCAGUGAUCUAAACAUAAAGGUUGAUGGUCGUGCCAUUGUCCGGGGAAAUGAAGGUGUUUUUAUCACAGGCAAGACAAUUGAGUUUCGAAUGGGUGGAAACAUGGAACUUAAAGCAGAAAACAGCAUCAUCCUGAACGGAACUGUGAUGGUCAGCCCAUCACGACUGCCAAGUUCUUCUUACGGGGAGCAGUUCAAUAACGGCAACUGGCUGCGCUUCAAGCUCUGCAUGUGUGCGGACGGGACGCUGUUCAAGGUUCAGGUGACAGGGCAUAACAUGGGCUGUCAGACCUCUGUCAACCCGUGUGGAGCCACACACUGAAACAGACUGCUGCUGGGACAGGUCUCAUUUGUGUUUACAUAGAUUUGUAUGAAGUAAUUGCAUGCCUUCAAGGGUUUCUUUUUUUACAGCAGUUUAUACUAACAUUUCUUACAUAGUAUUUUUAAGGAAGGGCUGUUAUGGUCAGCAGGAUUAGGUCAUCAUCCUGUCAGCUGCAGUAGUGGCACUGAAUCAGUAAGCUUUCAGUGUACAUGCCUACUGAAGUACCAUCUCAAAUUUGGAUCAGUAGAAUAUAUGUAAAGAACAUAAUCUUGGCAACAACUCUACAGCCUGCACUUGUCUCUGGAGGAGGUUUUUGUCUUGUGUCCCAAGACAUUGAAGACUGCUGAAAACACAACUGCAGUCUGAAGUAUUUCAAAGGAAUGUCAACUUUUUGUUGGAAAUAGAUUUUCCUAAGACGGCUGAAGUGGCAGACCUUUCUUGUUGAUACAUUGAUUUACUGCAAACUUGGGUGGUUUACCAGAUGUGUACUGAGAGGGGUAAUGGCAGAUUCACUUUAAAAUAUUGCAUUAUUUCUGACAUGUAUUCUCAUGUUGUUAAAAAAAUUACGUUACCAUGAAUAAUAUUUGCAAAGUAAUAUGGAAAUUAAUAUGGAAAUGUAACUUGAAUUUUGAAGUAGUCUUGCGGUUAUUGAAGUGUUGCUUGAACUUCCAUUCUGUCUGUGCAGUUAAUGCAUUCUGCAGUUGCUAAAUUUAUGUGAAGUACUUACAAAACGUGUUUAUAUUAGAAGUACAUUUUUAAAGAUGUACUUACAACUUGCUAACUACCCAAAAAUAAUGUUUUCCUGGGUGCUCUGAUGUUAACAGUGUCUGAGUCCAUUACUCAAUAGGUAAUAAUCUAAGUAUAGCUAUUGCAGCAGUGCCUAAGGUCAGAUCUCUCCUUCCCCAUAAAUGUCAGUACUGAUGCAUUACUGAGAACAUCGGAAUUAAAUUCUGAAGUUAAAAUGCAGGUCUGUAAUUCUAAAUGUGGUGGUAGGACAUCAGGGUAAAUAUAUGUGUAUCAUAAUUAGUCAACACUGAAACUAUGCUGAACUGGGGUCUAUUACAGCCUUCCAACUGCUUUUGCAGCAGUGAGGUGGUUUGUGCUAAAAACAGAACAGCUAUUUAUAAGAUUCCUUCUUUCCCCACCCAAUGUAUUUCUUCAGUUUAAAAUAGUUUUGUUUUGCAGUAGCAUCAAGUAACCUUAAUAUUGGAGCCCUCAAAGUGACAUACAACAGCUUUUUGAAAAGUUUUUUGAUAAGCACACACUUCUUUACCUAAAAGUUGUGUGAGUUUUACACAUUAACUUCAGAACUGAUUAUUUGUUACAGGAAGGUAAACUAUCUACCCCUGUUUUACAGUGCUCAAAGUAUAUAGGAUUCCAUAAAACACAAAUCGGCUCCUGCUGAACAAGAAAUUCAUAUCUAAGGUCCCAAUUUCGGAAUUCUGGAAGGCUGUAAGCACUCAUGCAGAAUGUGCAUUACAGCACAUGGGGGAGGUCAGAGGAGUCAUAUUUCCCCCACUGCUCAAAGGCAAAGCCAGAUUUUGAUGCUCAAAAGCAACCAGGUUGUUGGGAUUUUGGGGCUGGACAGCAGUGGAGCUGUUCUGACAAAAUCAGAAUAAGCAGAAUAUAAUGUAGCAAAAAACAUUGAGUUCUCACAUUAAAGAUUAUGGGGAAGUACUAACAUUUUGCAUACUACCUUCAUGGACCUUAUACUUUCAUCACUUAUAGUUACUAAACACUUUAACAUGCAUUUUGCUGCUUUACACCCGUCUUUGCUGCUAAGCAGAGCCUGUUAGUAUUUGUUACAGUUAAGAGGAGGAAAUAAACUAACAUUUUUAGAUUUUCACUCUCAUGCUAAUAGAAGUUUGUCACUUUAUUUUUAUGUAUAAAAAUGCAAACACAUCCUAAAAAUAUAGAGAGCAGUAUCCUGAAAGCUGAAGUACAUCCUGAAAAUGGCAGAUACUGCCUUGGUCAAGUAGGUUAUACAUAUAUUAGAGCUCCUCUCUGAUUAAUACUGACAUCCUAUAUGCUAGUGUUGGAUUCUUGGAAUUAUCAAGAGUUCUUUUUAAAAUACAGUGUGCAGUGUAGAGCUGAAAGAUUUGUCACAAAGGUACACUUAAAUCAUGAUCUGCAGAAUUGUUUCUGAAGUGUGGAUUUUUUUAUCAAAAUGUAGCAAAACAAAUCAUAACAAUACCAAAUGAAAUAAAUUAUCAAAUUUGGUAGUCACUA